AUUGUUUCAUCUUUAAGUUUUAUUAUGUCAAUCUGUUGGUUUACUACAUGUAUGUAUGUACAUAUAUCUGGCUUUUCUUUUUGGGACUUAUUGUAUUUGUAGACAUUUUCGAAAACUGUGAUGCCUUCCUUUAGUAGUCGUGACAUCUUCCCAUCACUAAUGGAUUUAUUAUGAUCCCUUCUUUCGUUCCCACUUUCAUUGAUUUCAUGUUCCACGACUUUUCUGGGUUCCGUCUUUGUGAAGGAUAAUCUUGAAAAGUCUUGAAAGAAUGACUGUGUGUAGGACAUAUCAUUUAGUGAUUUAAAGUAUGUAGACUUCGUGAUACCAACAUUCCUGCCAUCGUAAGCAAAAAUGAAGACAAUAUAAUAAAUAAACCCACUUUACUAGACAUACUUAUAGUUUCAUUAUAUAUUUAUGCAGAUUUAUUUUCUUUAUGAGCAACACAGUCUCUUGUUUCUUGAUAGUCACAGAACGAUUGGAGGGUGUCUGGAAUCGCAGCAUAGUCCAAGGGGUCAAAACAGAAGAAAUUCUGCUGUCUCACAUUGUUGUUGAGAGCAUCAUCCUAGUUAUUCAAACCAUUACGGUAAUACUCAUAGUCUUCCCCAUAUGGGGAUUGGAAUGUAGAGGAUCAAUAUUCACUGUUUUCGUCCUUGUAUUUCUCAACGGGUUUUGUGGAUUGUGUUAUGGUUUUAUUAUAUCUACCUUUUGCACAACUCUCGUUUCGGCGUUAAUCUGUUCAACUGGAAGUUUUUUGCCGAUGAUAGCAACGAAUGGAAGUUUAUGGCCAUUGGCGGGAAUGCCGACAGUGCUUCGCUGGAUUAGCUUCCUCGUGCCAACUACAUUGCCCUCCCAAUCUUUGAGGGGAAUCAUUUACAAAAAUUCUUCCAUUUCUGAUUAUGAAGUUUAUAUUGGUUUUAUAACAACAUUAGGAUGGACAGUGCUGAUCUUUGUCGUAACUAUAUUUGGUAUAAGAUUGAAAUCACCGUAAUAUUAUCAAAAAACGUAAAAUAAAGUUUUUAUCUACAUGGUAAAAAAACAGCCUUGCAUUGUCUAUAAUACAGAGUACAGUAGACAAAUACAUGCAGAGUGCGCCUUUAGAAGUUUUACUGAAUUAUAUGUUCAAGGAAAUAUAUAAUCAUUUGUAUUGUCGGUAGUUUAUAUUUAACACAUGUAAAAAGGAUUAUUAUAGACGACCCAAGUGGCAAAUGGUGUGAAUUAUUUAUUUCAUUGGUUACAUUCAACGUUUUGACCAUCUAGAUCUAGAUUGUAGUCAGACGUGCUUUGUAACCUGAAUCUUGGUAACCGAUUCUUAGCGACAUACAUGUGUUUAAUUUUAUAGUUCGACUUUGUUAAAUAUGGCUUGACUUCUUAUAUAUUAAAUCCUUGAAAAUGGCCACAAUCCGGAUGGUCGAAACGUUGGAUGUAACCUAUUAAAUAAAUAAUUCACACCAUCUGCCACUUGAGCAGUUAGGUCGUCUAAUAAUCCUCUCCUACAUUUUAUAAUUAUAUUCUCCAUUUAAAUAGUGGUAUGAGAUAUCUGCUUCAAACAGAUCAAAUUUCAUGAACUGAAUUUCCAUUUUUUUAUUUAAAUUAAAAUUUGUCCCACUUAAGAUCAAUAUCUAUGUUACUUUCUUUUAUAGCACAGGAGUAAUGUUAAAGUAAUUAAUUACUUCUGUGCUACGACAACAUUAAAUGUUUUUAGAAAAUUAAGGAAUAUUUAUUUCAGACUAAAAAAGACCUCGAUACUAGAAUUAGAUGUACAUUUAACUUUAAUAAGUUAAUUAAAUUUUGUUAAUAAUUGUGUCGAUAGACCUAAUAAAACAUUGUGUUGUUCGAAAAAUAAAAGGUUAAAUAAAGUCGAUUUUAACACCACACACGCACGCGCACACACACGCGCUCACGCACACGUGUUAAAAUCGACUUUAUUUUAAUUUAUUAUAUAUACAAUAUAUGUAUAUUAAAUUAAAAAAUAUAUAUAUGUAUAUUAAGUGACAUUAUAUUAUUACAUAAUAUUAUAGCAAUUGAUUCAAAAAGAGGGAAACCAGGAAAGGGGAGAUGAAUGAGGAGGAAACUAACUAAAGACACAUGCAUGUUGUUAAAUUUGUUUCUCCGUUGACAACAUAGUAAUUUUACAUGUAUAAAUAUACACAGUUUCCUAUAUACAAACAUCUGCUGUAUACACUUCACUAUACUUGUUUCGCACACUUGUAAUUAUAUUACUUACGAUAAUCGUAUUAUUAUAUAAUAUAAUUAUAUAUGAUAACACAAUCGUGAUGCAUAAUUUUGACGAAUAUUAUCGCAAGAAUAUAAAUAUAAUAAUUAUAAUGAAUUUUUACAUCACAAAUUUGUUAUCAUAAUUGAGCUACACAGUUACAAUACACAAUUUUGUUAAUUUUACAACUUUUAUAGUUACAUCAUAUUUUUGAUUAUGAUACAGAAUUACAGCAAUACAUGAUUAAUGUUUAAUUAGUUAUUAUUAAUAACCGAUUAUUAAUAACUAUUUUUUGUUAUUUGUAAUCCCUUUUACAUGUUCUGCCGUUUCUUUUUUUAUCAUUAAAUCUGUUUAAAAUUUCGACCAUUUUUAUUUUGAAAAGCUCGUGUUUAGAGAUCUAGAAAGAAAUAGGCGAUUAGCCUAAUAGCCAUAUUAAUAACUAUUAAAUUUAUUACUUCUCUAACAUCUUGUGUUCAGCAAUCUAUAAAAAAUAGAUAACCAGUCUAUAUGUAUAAUAGAAUAAUAAUUUAUAUUUAAUGGAAUAAUACUUUGAUGAGUGGUAAAUCUCUUUUAUUCUGAGAAGCAGAAUAUUCACAUAUUUAUAAAAAUAGUUAAUUUACUAGCGAAACUAA